AUGGACCUAAUUACCCUAUUCCAUAUGCCCAUCUUCUUUCUUUUCAUAUCAAACCCUUGCGUAUCUUCUGCCACCUUAAGGAAUAUUGAUACAGAUAUACAAGUCUUGAUCUCCAUCAAAUCUCAAAUAAUUACCCAACCCUCAGAUGCUUUAGCUACGUGGGAUCAAAACUCUACCUCUCCAUGCAACUGGACUCGAGUCGUGUGUGGUGAUCAUGGUCGUAGAGUCGUCGCUCUUGACCUCUCCAACCUUCACAUAACUGGUCUAGUUAGCCCCUAUAUCGGGAACCUAUCCUUUCUCAGAUCACUUCAACUCCAAGAUAAUCACUUUCAAGGAAAACUUCCUGAAACCAUCACCAAUCUUUUUCGCUUGCGACUGCUCAAUAUCAGCUCCAACAGCAUCCAGGGCACCAUCCCAGCAAACAUAAGUAGAUGCCUCCAGCUCAGGGUUCUUGAUUUCAUGCAAAAUCAGAUUUCUGGUUCUAUUCCUGAAGACCUCACUCUCCUUCCUAAUCUUCAAGCUCUGAACCUGGCAAAGAACCGUCUUUCUGGUUCUAUUCCACCCUCCAUUGCUAACCUUUCUUCACUCUCCACUUUGAACUUGGGCACCAAUACACUUAGUGGCCCCAUUCCUGGUGACUUGUCUCGUCUUCGGAACCUAAAGAAUCUUGAUCUCACCAUCAACAACCUUACUGGCACAGUUCCUCUAUCCAUUUACAACAUGUCUUCACUUGAGUCUCUAGCCCUGGCAUCAAACGAUUUGUGGGGUGAUAUACCUUACAACGUAGGUGACACGCUCCCAAAUCUUCUAGUUUUCAACUUUUGCAUCAAUAGAUUCACAGGCACUAUUCCUGGUUCGCUGCACAACCUCACAAACAUACGAAUCAUUCGAAUGGCACAUAACCGAUUGCAUGGGACUGUACCACCAGGACUAGGGAACCUCCCUGAGCUAGAAAUGUAUAAUAUUGGGUACAAUAAUAUCGUUAGCUCACGGGGUGAGGGACUCGGUUUCUUAAACUCUUUGGUAAACAGCACAAAGCUUGAUUUCCUAGCAAUUGAUGGUAAUCAUUUUGAUGGUGUCAUUCCCGAGUCCAUAGGCAAUCUUUCAAAACAACUUAGAAUCCUGUUCAUGGGUUCGAACCAGGUCUCUGGCGGCAUCCCACCCUCCAUUGGUCAACUGAAAGGCCUAGGCUUAAUAAAUGUAAGCUACAACUCCCUCUCCGGUGAAAUCCCGCCUGAGUUAGGCCAAUUGGAGGACUUACAGGAGCUUGUUCUAAGCAAAAAUAGAUUGUCUUCAAAUAUCCCAAAUUCAUUGGGUAAUCUUGGAAACUUGACUAAAAUUGAUUUGUCAAACAAUGAACUGGGAGGAAGCAUACCCAUCAGUUUUAGGAAUUUCACAAGGAUAAUUUCCAUAGAUUUGUCCAUGAAUAAGCUCAGUGGGAGCAUACCCACAGAAGUUCUUGAUCUCCCAAGUUUAACCACCAUCCUUAAUCUUUCCAGCAAUUCAUUAACAGGCUCUUUGCCUCGAGAAAUCGAGCUUCUGGAAAGAGUGGUGACGGUCGAUCUCUCCGACAACCAUUUGUCUGGCAACAUUCCAAAUUCAAUCCAGAAUUGUAAGAGCUUGGAGCAGCUUAUCCUCUCUGAAAAUUCUCUAUCAGGCAAUAUUCCUAGCAGUUUGGGUGAAUUAAAAGGUUUGGCAUUUCUCGAUCUCUCUUCCAAUUUGCUCUCCGGUUCAAUCCCUCUUGAGCUUCAGAACUUGAAAGCGCUCCAGUUCUUGAACCUUUCUUUCAACAACUUGGAAGGGAAAGUUCCUAGUGAUGGGGUUUUCUCAAAUCUCUCCAGAGUUCAUCUUGAAGGCAACCCAAAGCUAUGCCUUGAUGCCGGAUGCAGAGGAGGUGGAAGCCACAAAGCAGUUGUGAUCUCCGUUGCAGUAAUUGUUUCGGUUUUAGUGAUGCUUCUGUCAAUCGUUUUGUUUUUCUACUUCCGGAGAAACAAUGCUACUAUCAUAGACACUCCUUAUUCCUUCAAGGGCCAGCAUCAUAUGAUAACAUAUGACCAACUACGUUUGGCAACAGGGAACUUCAACGAAGAAAACCUGCUUGGACGUGGGAGUUUUGGGUCUGUUUACAAAGGGUGUUUAAAUCUUGAAGGACGAAGCCAUGAAAUCGCUGUCAAGGCUCUUGAUAUGGAAAUUACCGGUUCAUUGCCUAGCUUCGUGGCUGAAUGCACCGCGUUGCGACAUCUCAGGCACAGAAAUCUCGUCAAGCUGAUUACAUCUUGCUCCAGUUUGAAUCACAAGAACACGGAAUUUCUAGCACUGGUGUAUGAAUACAUGAAGAAUGGGAGUUUGGAGAAUCGUAUUGGGAAUGGAAUGAGGUUGCUGGAAGGGUUAAAGGUGGCGAUUGAUGUAGCUUGUGGGUUGACUUAUCUGCACCAUGAAUCUGCGGUGGCUCCUGUGGUGCACUGUGAUAUAAAGCCAAGCAAUGUUCUGCUGGAUGAAGAUUUAACUGGCAAAAUCGGAGAUUUUGGGCUUGCUAGCAUGUUGGUCGAGAAAGAUCAAUCAAUCAGCUCUGCCCAUGUUCUUAAAGGUUCCAUGGGUUACAUACCUCCAGAAUAUGGUGUGGGUGCAAAACCAUCUACCAAAGGAGAUGUUUACAGUUAUGGAAUUAUGGUGAUGGAGAUUUUUACUGGUAAGAGCCCGACACAUGAGAGCUUCGUGGGCGGUCUAAGCCUAAAGACAUGGGUGCAAUCUGCUUUUCCGACUAACUUGGAUCGAGUGUUGGAUCCUGAUAUGCUACAAGAACUAGAAGAUGGUCAAUCCAUGAACAUGAAGAUACAACUUGAUUGCCUCAAAACGGUAAUCGGGGUUGCACUUUCUUGCACCAACGAAUCUGCGGAAGGACGAAUCACCAUAAGUGAGGCUCUUUGCAAACUCAAAAGUGUUCAUGAUAUGUGUCACAAGUCCAACGUGUGACG